AUGUCCAACAACAGUAACAGCAACACUACUCCUAGAUCCUCUCGUGGAUCUGAGGGACGAACUCCGACUUAUGAAGAACUCUUUGGAAUGGUUAGCCAGCUGCAGGAAAGCAUCACUACUUUGGAAGAACGACAGUCAGCCAAAGCUAUCAAAGUUCGACCACCGGAACCCUUUGAUGGUACUCGAUACAAGUUGCGACCCUUCAUCACCCAGCUGGACUUGUAUGUCCGCAUGAACCGGAGCAAGCUUAUCUUCGAAUCCGACAAAGUCCUACUUGCAGCAACUUAUUUGACUGGACCAGCAUUUGAUUGGUUUGAACCUACCUUGCGCGACUUCCAGGAGAAAGAUGAACAAUACCAUAAUGACAAUACCACUGAGGUUUUCAGCAGCUUCACUGAAUUCAAGAAACGACUCCAAGGAACGUUUGGAGAUAUUGACGCCACACGGAACGCCGAACGAAAGCUAUGGCGACUUAAACAGACAGGAUCAGUAGCCAAAUUGGUAUCUGAUUUCCAACAGAUCAUCACCCAUUUGAAUUGGGAUGAAACGAUGUACAUUGCGAAAUUCGAGGAAAUGUUGAAACCAGAGAUUCAGGAGAAACUGGUUUGGAUGGAACGACCGACUUCAUUGAAUGAACUCUUUGAACGAGCCGUCAAGAUUGACAACACCCUGUAUGACCUUAGAGUCAGACAGAAGGAGUCAAGAUAUGGAAACACCUUCAGAGGAAGCCCACGAACGAGCCACUAUCGAUCGAACGAUAAACGACCAGCUCAACCACGAAGCCAAGGGUAUGAAGAUCCCUAUGGACCCCGACCAAUGGAGCUGGAUGCCACACAGCAUAGGCCCUUCGUAUCCGACAAGGAAAGAGAACGAAGGAGGAAAGAGAAACUUUGCUUCACAUGUGGAAAGCCGGGACACAUGACGAAGGCAUGCAGGCAACGGCAGAACGUUAGGCCUCAGCAACAAAGGCAUGAUAACAAGCAACUGCACGCUACCCAGGAGAGAGGAGCGUAUGACACCACAGGAAUUGUGAACCCUGAACUCAGAGCAACGAACGAUUCUGGAUGGCACAUGCAAGAGGCUUUGGAUGAGCAUGGAGGACCAUGGAGACCCAGAACUAUGAUAGUACCCAACCUGAGCCCAUUGAGGAGGUUGAUGGAAGAACAGACGACCCUCACGACAGAGGAAAUUGAUGAGAUCAUGAGUUCAAGCGAAGAAGAAUAUUGGCUCAAUGAACGGACGGUGGGAUCCGACAGCGGAAGCGACAAAGCCCAUAUAAGGACGGAUGGGUCCGAAAAAGCCAUCAAUGAGCCAGUUCAUGAGAAAUCACUCGGCAAACUGCCCAACCAAGAUUGGUCAGUUAACGAUUUCCUUGACGAAGAGUACGGUACUCAGUGGAAUGGCCACGAUCCCAACGUGGAGGAACUCCAUGAGAUACCGGAGACACCUCAGAACGCAACUCCCGAAAAUGAAGAACAUGAAGAACAGAUUCUGGCAGAAGAUAAUGAGGGAUACACGAAGUCCAGUGUGUAUAGCCCUAUCUCGAAGCAACAGCUAUGGUCCAAGCGAUAUACGGAACAACGAAAAGCCGACGAAGAAACGAAUACCGACGUUGCCGCGUACUUCAUUGAUGAUGUUGUUAUUUCACUUCAGGAGAACCCCAAGAGGCUCUCUAAAGGAUUGAAGGAACUAUUCAAUGAAUUGAAUACAUACUGCCCACAUCAGAACUUGAAAUGUUGGGAACGAACGAACGAAACUUGGGACGAACACCUACGGAAAUGCGACCAGCACCCAUACACGUGCCAUUACUGUGGACAGAACAAUGGAGAAUUAUGGGGAUACUUACGAGACAUCACCACCAAACGACUACGAGGCCCCAUCCACAGCUCAUGCAAGUACGAUUGGUGUGAUUGUGUGCACUAUCGAGAGCACCCAAAGCAUAGCCAAUUACCUUGGACUGCGUGUUAUAGCCAUGCAUGUGGAGAACACUAUGAUCGAAAGAAAAUGGCGCAUUAUUUUCCAGAACGACCUAGGAAAUACAACGACAGCUGUCCUUGUUGGGAUUGGAACUGUGCAUGCAGAGGAUAUCUACUGCAUCCAGAGCAUUCAAGUAUGCACUGGACUGCAUGUUAUGAAGAUGACUGCAUAGUUCAUUUUGAGAUCAAGGAUUAUUACCCAAGUCCACGACGUCUACGGCAACCAAGAUGGCAAGCGAGCCUAUCAGCGACACAACGGGGAUACCACUUGAAAUUUACGACACCAGUUCUCAACCAACUAGCCAGAGUGAUGGUUGACUCAGGAGCUACUGGAAAUUACAUGGAUCCUAGAUUCCAGCGACAAUUGGGGAUCUUAGGAAUUGAGAAGGCGCAGCCAGAGCCUAUCUCAGGACUGAAUGGUGAGAAUUUGGGAAGCCACCUGACAGUCGAAUCGGGAUCUGUCCCUAUGGCUGUAGCGGAACAUGAAGAAAGGAUCAAUUUCGACGUGACACCGCUGGGACAAUACGAUAUAGUGUUGGGGAUUCCAUGGCUCAGGAAUCACAACCCGGAAAUUAACUGGAAAACUGGGCAAAUGAACUUUGUGAAUUGCGAUUGCCCAAGGACAACAAAAGGACCGAGUCAACGGGAGGCCGGGACCUCACCACGAUCUACAGGCAGGAGACCUGGUAGAUACGUGAAGCAACCAAGAGGUGGGUUGAAUAACAGAGAAACGAACGACACAGCGACAAACAUUGUUUUAGCAGCCACCAGGGCCUCAGAACGACAUUGGCUGAUGAACUUACCCGGAUGGGCACCGGGCGCGACCCAGAAGUAUUGCGAAUACUUGAUGGACGAGGAUAUAUCCAAGAGAUCAGCGCUGAUUGAGGAAUAUCGCUCAGAAAGAGUUGAUAGCAACCAAGAAGCAUCAGACUCAGAGCUAGGCUCAUGGGAAUGGAUUGACCAUAAGGAGCUAGCAGCAACGACUCAGGAACCACAGAUUCCACAGGAGUAUAUUGAGUUUCAGCACUUGUUCAAGCAGCCUGAACGACCUGAACUACCAGACCAUGGACCACACGAUCAUCGCAUACCCCUUAUGGAAGGGAAGACACCGACAUGCAAGAAGAUUUACCCGAUGUCAGAACGAGAAUCAAGAAUACUACGGGAAUAUAUUGAAGAACAAUUGGCGAAAGGAUUCAUCAGACCAUCAACAUCACCAGCAGGGCACGGAGUCCUAUUUGUACCGAAAAAGGAUGGAAGCCUACGACUAUGUGCAGAUUAUCGACCACUCAACGCCAUCACCAUCAAGGAUCGACAUCCAUUACCACGAGUUGAUGAAAUGCAAGACCGAAUCAGAGGAGCAAAAUGGUUUACAAAAUUCGACAUUGUAGACGCCUACAAUCGACUACGGAUCGCCAGAGGAGAAGAAUGGAAAACGACCAUCAGAACGAAAUAUGGACAUUAUGAAUAUUUGGUCAUGCCAUUUGGGCUUACCAACGCACCAGCAUCAUUUCAACGAUUCAUUUAUGAUGUACUUGGAGUAUAUCUUGACAUCUUCGUGAUAGUCUACCUUGACGACAUCUUGGUCUUCUCCAACACCUUUGAGGAACAUGUGCAGCAUGUCAAGAAAGUACUGCAAAAACUUGAGGAAGCGAAGCUACGAUUGAAGUUGAAGAAGUGCGAAUUCCAUGUUCAGGAGACUGAGUUCUUAGGACACUGGAUCACUACAGAGGGAAUCCAGAUGGAUAAGAACAAAGUUCAAGCAAUCUUGGAUUGGCCAGAACUGAAGAACACCAAGGAAGUUCAGCAGUUUACAGGACUUGUGAACUACUACCGACGAUUCUUGAAGGACUACUCACAAUUCAUGACGCCACUGUUCAAAUUGUUGAAAAAGGGACAAGAGUUUCAAUGGGGACCAGAACAACAACAAGCGUUUCAACAAGCCAAGGAAAGAAUUGUAUCUGCACCAGCACUUGUGCAGUUUGACCCAGAAAAAGAAACCACGAUCGAAACCGAUGCAUCAGACUACGCCAUUGGUAUGAGAAUGACUCAACCAGGACCAGAUGGAAAACCACGAGCCGUCGCAUUUCACUCACGAAAACUAGUUCAAGCGGAAUUGAACUACGACAUCCACGACAAAGAAUUGCUAGCCAUAGUGGUAGCAUUUAAGACUUGGAGAGUUUACCUGGAAGGAGCUCGACACACUGUACUUGUGAAAACAGAUCACAAGAACCUGACCUUCUUCACAACGACCAAAGAGUUAACCUGA